AUGCAAAGAGUUCCUUUCUCAUCCAGUAUCAAUGAAAGUAUAAAUUCUUUCAAUGGUGGCAUACCAAAUGGAUAUGGAAAUCAACCAUUCUAUGAAGAUACCCAACAAAACUAUGAAAAUCAACAGUACAGAAACAAUACAAAUCCAAUGAAUAAUUUAUAUAGUCAAACUCAGUACCAAAAUAUGGAAAACAAUUCUUUCAGCGGAGAUAACCAAGAAACAAAACAAACACCAUUCUUCAAUCAAGAAAAUGAUUUUGAAGAAGAAAUAACACCAAGCAUCAUUAAAAAUGAUAUCUGUGAAAUCCAAAAAUUGUUGGGAUAUUUUGCAAACAAUUUCGUUACCCGAAGUGAGAUUGUUACCUGUUCUAUAUUGGAACGUGUAUUGGCAAGUCUUUUACACAUAACCUCUUAUGUGAAAAAGAUAGAGUCUAAAGGAUUAGUUAAUUCAAACCCAGACAUUAACCAAACAAAAGGUAGACUUCAAACAACUGACAGUACAAAACCACACAAGGAUCAAAAAGUUCAUACCAAAGAAGAUGUGGUAAAUCCAAGUUCUCCUUAUAGCACAGAACAGUACAGUGAUAGUGGUAGUGUUGGUAGUAGUGGUGGUGUUGGUAGUAGUGGUGGUGUUGGUAGUGGUUAUGAUAGUGAUAUUGGUAGUAAUCAAAGUAGUAUUAACCAGAAAGGCAUGUCUGAAGAAGAUGGUGAAGGAAAAAUUGAUGAGCAAGAUAGCAGUAUUGAAGAAAAAUGGAUUAAAGAAAAUGACCAGAUUGCUCCAGUGAUAUCAGAUGAACUAUUGAAAGUUUCUCCAAAUAGUCCAUUAAAAAGUUCUUUUAGAGAAAUAGCACCUACUUAUAUGAAAAAAGUAAACGAAAUGAUUGAAAAUAAACGGCCACAAGAGUUAUUCUAUUAUAACUCAAAAAACACUUCAAGAAAUGAAACAAAAGAUGUUAGAAAUAAAAUAAUUGAAGCAAUGCAAAAUAAAAAUAUAUCUCUAUUUAUUCUUACAGAACAAUGGAUGGAAUUCAGAUGA